GUCAGGUGCUCGGCGCCCGGGCUGCGUGCAGGUGAGCCGCCCGCGCCUCCGCCGCCCCCCGCCGUUGCCCCCGUCCGACUCUCCGAGCUGUGGUCCGAAGCCCCUGCGGGCCGUCCGGAUCGCUGCGAGGAUUAUCUUACACUGAGCUGAUCAAAUACUUUGAAAAUGACUUCAAAACUCCUCUGGGUAUCCUUCAUACUUGCUGCAUUAAUACUCUCGAUUACAUUUUCUCUCCAACCAGACCAGCAAAAGGUUCUACUGGUUUCAUUUGAUGGAUUCCGUUGGGAUUAUUUAUACAGAGUUCCAACACCCCAUUUUCAUUAUGUUAUGAAGUAUGGUGUUCAUGUGAAGCAAGUAACUAAUAUUUUUAUUACAAAGACCUACCCUAACCAUUAUACUUUGGUAACUGGCCUCUUUGCAGAGAAUCAUGGGAUUGUUGCAAAUGACAUGUUUGACCCUAUUUUGAAUAAAUCUUUCUCCUUGGAUAACAUGACUAUUUAUGAUUCUGAGUUUUGGGAAGAAGCAACGCCAAUAUGGAUCACAAAUCAGAGGGCAGGACAUUCUAGUGGUGCAGCCAUGUGGCCUGGAGCAGAUGUAAAAAUACAUAAUAGCUUUCCUACGCACUAUAUGCCUUACAAUGAGUCUGUUUCAUUUGAAGAUAGAGUUGCCAAGAUUAUUGAAUGGUUUACAUCCAAAGAGCCCAUAAAUCUCGGUCUUCUUUACUGGGAAGAUCCCGAUGAUAUGGGCCACCAUUUGGGACCUGAGAGUCCACUCAUGGGACCUGUCAUUUCGGAUAUUGACAACAAGUUGGGAUAUCUCAUACAAAUGCUGAAAAAGGAAAAGCUGUGGAACAUCCUGAACCUAAUCAUCACAAGUGAUCAUGGAAUGACCCAGUGUUCUGAGGAAAGGAUAAUAGAACUUGAUCAGUAUGUGGAUAAAGACCACUAUAUCCUGAUUGACCAAUCUCCAGUAGCAGCCAUCUUGCCAAAAGAAGGUAAAUUUGAUGAAGUCUAUGAAGCACUAGCCCGUGCUCAUCCUAAUCUUACUGUUUACAAAAAAGAAGAGAUUCCAGAAAGAUGGCAUUACAAGUACAACCAUCGAAUUCAACCCAUCCUAGCAGUGGCUGACGAAGGGUGGUAUAUUUUACAGAAUAAGACAGAUAAUUUUCUGUUAGGCAACCACGGUUAUGAUAAUGCGUUAGCCGAAAUGCAUCCAAUAUUUUUAGCCCACGGUCCUGCCUUCAGAAAGAAUUUCACGAAAGAAGCCAUGAACUCCACAGAUCUGUACCCACUUCUCUGUCACCUCCUCAAUGUCACGGGCAUGCCACACAAUGGAUCAUUCAGGAAUGUCCAGGAUCUGCUCACUUCAGCAACCCCAAGACCAACCACUUACACACCAAAUCCUACACUCCUCCAUAGUAGUGUCAAGCCUGGAGAAGAUGAGCACGAGGAGUCAUAUGCUUAUUUCCUAGGGGUGUCUCUUGGCAGCAUUUUGGUGAUUGUAUUUUUUAUAAUCUUCAUUAAACAUUUAAUUCGCAGUCAGAUACCUGCCUUACCAGAUAUACAGGCUGAAAUAGCUCAACCAUUAUUACAAGCCUAAUGCUACUUUGGAGAUUGUGUAUUUAUUUCAGUGUUUAAAGGUUUCAAAUUCUAGGAAACCAGUUUUAGACAUUUGCACAGAUCUUUAAGGAGUUAUAUACAGGCACAGCCACACACACACAAACACACACACACACACACACACACACCAAAAGCAUACACAUGGACCAAAUACACUUACCUACAAAGGAUUAAAGUGGGGAAGUAUGAUUCUGUUAUUCUCUCUUAGGGGUAGAUAAAAUCCUGCUUUAUUUGGAUAUGGCGCAUAUAAUGUAUAUAUUUAGCAACUUUGCACUAUUUAAAUAUCAUAUAUAUUGCACUUUAAAUUAUUCUUCUAAUGGGUAUCUUUAUGUGAAAUGCACUUUAUUGACAGUUAUAUCUUCUACUUUGGUUGAAAAAGACCAAUUUUUCUCUGCCCACAUCCCAGAAUACUUGUUACUUAUUUGAACUGGGUGAAUUUUCUAAUAAUUCCUGAAAAAUGUAGAAAUAUCUCUCCUUAAACCAGGAGUGCAAAAAGAAAGUCAAAACUGUUGGAGAUUAAAUGCAACAACCCUUGUCCAUUGAAUUGUGAGAAAUGCAUUCCCAAAAGCAGAUGUAUCUGGGCAUUCCUUUCUGUGCUUCUUUUUAAAAGACAUGAGUUUUUGUUUUAUUUUUCCUUAAAAAAAAAAAAAGAUUCAAUACUGACAGAUUCCAUCUAAACAUACAUUCCAUCUAAACAUUUCAUUUCUGGGGAUCCCUGGGUGGUGCAGUGGUUUAGCGCCUGCCUUUGGCCCAGGGCGUGAUCCUGGAGACCCCGGAUCAAGUCCCACGUCCGGCUCCCGGUGCAUGGAGCCUGCUUCUCCCUCUGCCUGUGUCUCUGCCCCUCUCUCUCUCUGUGUGUGACUAUCAUAAAUAAAUUAAAAAUUAAAAAACA